CUGCCUUGGUGGCUCUGACGAUUGCCAUCAUGUCGUAUGCAUACCUCUUCAAGUAUAUUAUUAUUGGUGACACAGGUGUGGGGAAAUCUUGUCUGCUUCUUCAGUUUACAGAUAAGAGGUUUCAGCCAGUUCAUGACUUAACAAUUGGAGUUGAGUUUGGUGCACGCAUGAUAAAUAUUGAUGGGAAGCCUAUCAAACUACAGAUAUGGGACACGGCUGGACAAGAGUCAUUUCGUUCAAUUACAAGAUCUUAUUACCGAGGUGCUGCUGGGGCCCUGCUAGUGUAUGAUAUUACAAGACGGGAAACCUUUAGCCACCUCACAUCCUGGCUAGAAGAUGCUCGGCAACAUUCCAGUUCAAAUAUGGUCAUAAUACUGAUUGGAAAUAAAAGCGAUCUUGAGUCUCGUAGAGAUGUUUCUAGAGAAGAGGGAGAAGCCUUUGCUCGGGAACAUGGUCUCAUAUUUAUGGAGACCUCUGCUAAAACUUCAGCUAAUGUGGAAGAGGCCUUCAUUGACACUGCCAAAGAAAUUUACAAAAAGAUCCAGCAGGGGCUGUUUGAUGUGAAUAAUGAGGCUAACGGGAUCAAAGUUGGACCCCAGCAAUCAAUAAGUGAUCCCCUUGGAAGUGGAUUAAGACAAAGCCAAAAUGAAGGUGGAGGAACUUCUGGAUGUUGCUGAAGCAAACAGAAUUAUCAUACUAGAGGAAUUCCUAAACCCAGCUUCAUGCACGUUACAUCUUUUUAUCACUCCUUUCUGUCUGUUAUAUAUCCGACUUUCCUUCUUUCCUGUCUCCCCAUCACAUACAAGGGAAUCUGUAUAUAAUGUUCAUGGCCUUUCUUUAUGUAUGUUUGCCUUUUUAAGUUUGUCAUUUGCCUUUCUUUUUUUAUUCCAAUCUGUGUAUUUAAAGUGUAAGAAACAGCACAAAUGAAAUACCCUUGUGCACUGAUAUGACGUACAUUAAUAUGGACACUACAUUUUAAACAUGAGUUUGAAGAGCAAACCCACAUCUCGAUGCGGGUCAUUAUCAUUUGUUACAGUUAGGAGUUGAGUAGAUGAGUUGAGUUGUUGGUUCAAUUAAUGUUUUCAUUUUUUUUUUUAAGGAGAAGUAAACUGUUUAUUUUACUGUUACUGGACAAAAGGGGCAUAUUGUUGUCCUUUAAAUGAAAAUUGUUACAUUUUCUCUUAUUUUAAAAAUGUUAUAAAUUCUGCAUGUAGCAAUGUUCCUUUUUCCUAAUAUGGAUACAAUUAGUUUGUAUCCUUGGAGUGACAGGGGACCACAGCAAUGCCUAGAAAUGUAGUGCAUUGCCAUAUCAUUUCCCAUUCAGCUGUAUAAGUGAUCUUAUCCUUUGGCCUAAACUAUAUAGAUUCAAAUAAAGUAUCUCCCAGCAAGCAUUGCAUCUGUCCAAUAAAUACCGGAGCUACCUUGUAUUAUUUAUUGAUCUGCUGUAUUGAGCAACAAAAACAUGGAUUUUCUUCAGAGUAAGUAGGUAAACAUUUGGUUGUGUUUGGAACCUAUUUAAUACCUGUCUGCUUAAGAAAAUAAUUUUAGGUCAAGUUUUUUACGUUAAAGUUGGUUAGUGAAAUUAGUUCAUUACUUCCUCUGCAAAGAAAGGAUUAUAAAUGACAGUAUAUUGGAAGUUGUGUAUUAACUGUCUGGUUUCCGCCUGCCAUGUUAAUAAAGUUUUCCUGACUA